UAUAAAUAGACAUCAUUGGAAAAAGAUUUAAUCGCAAUAUUAUGUCUGGUUAUGCUGAAAAUGGUUUUUUCUUCAAUUUUAUUAUCAUCUGCAACCACCUUCAAGUUACACAGAUUCUAACCUAAGCAACUGAAAAUCUCUGUGCACAUAUAAGAUUGUUUAAGUAUAUAAUCAUAUCUAAUAAACUAAUAAAUAUGUUACAUUAUGCUAAACUGUGUGUAAACCACUUGAAAACACAAUCAACGACACUUCUGGCCAGUCAUGUUAAUUUGCUGGAACAACAAAGCCGGAAUACAUUCAUUCUAAAAAGAAGAUAUCCAGUACCUCUCUACAAGAAAAAUCAAAGACCCCACAAAUUAACGCAUAAAUAUUUCAUUUAUGAUUUGGUAGAAAAUACAGUUACCAAAAGACCAUUGAACAUUGACAUGAUUUUAGUGGAAAAUGUAAAAGAUAUUGGUAGGAAAGGAGAAAAAAUUUCAGUGCAAUCAGAAAAAGCUUAUAAUAAUUUUUUAUUGCCGAAAUUAGCUGUAUAUGCAACUCCUGAAAAUAUGGAAAAGUAUUACAUUAAGCCAGAAGACUUCAAUGUUGAUAAAGAUACACAAAGUUCUCAGUUUGUUAAUAGAACAAUAAGUGUGUUAUCUCAGAUAUAUGUGAAGAUAAUGAUAUCUAAAGAUGUGCCAUGGACACUAGAAAAGUGGCAUGUCAGAGUAUGUUUUCGUAGAAUAGGUAUCAUUGUUCCUGAAGAUGCAAUAACUAUGCCAAACAAGAGUAUAUCUGGACCAAAUUUAGAUCUUGAGAAUAAAGAAUUUUAUGUCACUCUUAAGAUUAAUAAUCACGAAGAAGUGAAAGUUAGAUGUAGAAUAUACCAUUGGAAUAAUGAUAUUUCACAAGAAACAAAAUAUUGGGGUACACCCAGUGUAGCAAUCUUCCCAGAAGAUCAAGAGAUCUUAGAUUCUCUACCAAAGCCUUAUUCAAAUAAAUCCCAGAAAACUGAUAAUGCUGAAUAAAUGUGUUAUGCAAAUAAAAUCU